AUGCAUUUGCUUGCAGAUCCUUUCGAGGCAUUCAUCAUCUUUUCUAUACGCCAUGAGAUUCGAAGGAUUGGUGUCAGUGCCAUAGAAGUGGUUGUGGAACAUGGCUUGGCUACUCCAGAAGGCCUGACGGUUGACUGGAUAGCAGGCAACAUUUACUGGAUAGACAGCAAUCUGGACCAAAUUGAAGUAUCUAAACUUGAUGGUUCUCUGAGAGCUACACUGAUAGCAGGAGCCAUGGAGCACCCCAGGGCCAUUGCACUGGACCCAAGAUAUGGAAUUCUUUUCUGGACAGACUGGGAUGCCAAUUUCCCUCGCAUUGAAUCUGCCUCCAUGAGUGGUGCUGGGAGGAAAACCAUCUAUAAAGACAUGAAAACUGGGGCAUGGCCUAAUGGACUGACUGUGGACCACUUUGAAAAAAAGGAUAGUUUGGACAGAUGCCAGGUCAGAUGCUAUUUAUUCAGCCUUCUAUGAUGGAACAAACAUGAUAGAAAUUAUCAGAGGACAUGAGUACCUGUCACAUCCCUUUGCUGUGUCUUUGUAUGGGAGUGAGGUGUACUGGACAGACUGGAGGACCAACACACUGGCCAAAGCCAACAAGUGGACAGGGCAGAAUGUCAGUGUGAUUCAGAAGACCAGUGCACAGCCCUUUGACCUUCAGAUAUACCAUCCCA